CCACUUUGCACCAAUCGCGAUGCUCGUCCAGGAUGAAGUCAUGGGGUUGCGGGACCCAGAGCAAGCUUCCACAAGGACUGCACCAACCGGACUCGAAGCGGGCGCCACCUUGAAUGAUGCUGUAAGAGAUCUCAUAACGACCUACCACGACCUCAACACCACCAAGCCCGACAUCCUACGUGAAGAACCAUCACCCCUCGAAUUCAUGCGCUAUGUCGCCCGCAAUCGACCGUUUGUCAUCAAGAACGGCGCUACAGGCUGGAAAGCCCGCCAAAAAUGGAACGCAAGUUAUCUCAAGGAAGUCAUGCAGGGCCAGACCGUCAACGUCUCGCUCACGCCCCACGGUAACGCCGACUCCGUCAUCUCCCUCCCCUCGAGUGGAAGCAUCUUCGUAAAGCCCUACGAGCGCAGUGAAGACUUCUCUUCCGUACUGGACGCCAUUGUCGCGCAAACACAUUCCCCCUCCCCCUCCCCCAAGGAAGGACCCAGGCAGCCAAUACGUUACGCGCAAACCCAAAACGACAAUCUGCGUGACGAAUACACAUCGCUCUUCGCGGAUGUCCCGGCCAGCAUACCAUUCGCCCGCGUCGCGCUCGGCCAAGGUCCCGACGCGGUGAACUUCUGGCUCGGCAGCGCCGCCUCCGUGACCGCGCUGCACAAGGACAACUACGAGAAUAUCUAUGUCCAGAUCCUCGGGCGCAAGCACUUCGUCCUGCUCCCACCCGUGGAUGCGCCAUGUGUGAACGAGAGGAGUGUGCUUGCCGGUACUUACGCGCCGAGGCGCCGUGAUCACGCCGCGGAGGGAGCGGAGGAUGCGGAGACGGAGAAGCUGGUCAUUCAGAUCGAUGAGCCGGCGACGUAUGUCCCGUUCGCGACGUGGGAUCCUGAUGUGCCCUCUGUCAACGCGACGCCGUAUUCAAAGUACGCGCAGCCGAUGCGCGUCGCGCUCGAUGAGGGAGAUAUGUUGUAUCUGCCUGCACUCUGGUAUCACAAAGUGAGCCAAAGCUGUAAUGACGAGGGGCUAUGCUGUGCGGUGAAUUACUGGUACGAUCUCGAUUUUGGGGGAGGGUUCUGGAGUACUGCAGGGUUUGUGAGGACGGUUGGGUUGUUAAGUGCACAGGACGGGGAGCAUUAGGGGCGUAGCAGUACUCAAAACGGAGCGGGGUUUGGCAUUAUGUUCAUUGACUAUUGAGUUCGUCGUUACAAUGUUGUGGGAAAGUGUAGCUCAUGAUACCUCGCGAGGUGUGUGAGAGAUUUAUCCCCACUGGAACCUCUCUUCGUCGACCAUGGUACCUUCUGACCAGCACUUCUCCACCCAGCCGAUACCCACUGCCCUCGCUAUACCCAUCGUCCCUGUCACUCCGUUACUGCUGGCCUUCUCAUGGUCUGGAAUAAUGACAUGCGUCACACCUCUAGCCGUUUCGUUCUGUACCAACCCACCCCCACCGAAACGAAUAUAGUUCGCGGCGAUCUGGCUCUUCAGCUUCCAAGCCGGAUCAUCACUAUCCUGCACCGCCACUUUUGCGUUGAUGAACAUGUAGCUUUUGAGCCUCGUGACUUC